AUGGAAAUACCAAACUCUGAUCUCGUCCUGACGUAUAUUGCAACACAAGGUCCACUAGCUUCAACAGUUGGAGACUUCUGGCAAAUGGUGUGGGAGAGUGAGAGUAGCCUCAUAGUAAUGUUAACGGUGCUGGUAGAACGUGGACGAGCCAAAUGUCAUCAGUACUGGCCUAAAGUUGGCACUACACCACUGAAAGCCACAGACACCUUGACCAUAUUUACACACAGUGAACAGAACCAGGGGCAUUACAUUAGAAGAGAAAUGACUAUAAAGGAGAGCAGUGGCGCGUCGCGCAACGUGACGCAGCUGCAGUACUCGGCGUGGCCGGACCACGGCGUGCCCGACGACCCCGCCGCCUUCAUAAGGUUCACGCAGCUCUGCUCCAGCCUGAGGAACCAUCGGGCUGUGAUCCCAGAGGAGGAAGAGAGCAGUGAAACGGAGCGCGUGCUGGAGCCGCCAAUGGUGGUGCAUUGCUCGGCGGGCGUGGGCCGCACCGGCGCGCUCGUGCUCGCCGAGACCGCGCUCGAGCUGCUCGCUCGUCGCCAGCCGCUCUACCCGCUCGACCUCGUGCGGGCCAUGCGCGCGCAGCGCCCCAUGUGCAUACAGAACGCGAGCCAGUAUAAAUUUGUCUGCGAGAGUAUUCAAACGGCCUACGCCCAGGGACUUAUAAAGACGGAGACUGAAUCCAACUGA